AUGGACAUCAUUCAAGGACUGAUACAGCAACCAAAAAUUCAAUCUGUGGAUGAAACCAUUCCGACGUUGUGCGAUCGAGUUGAGAACUCCACUUUGAUUAGCGAUAGGAGAUCCGCUGUGCUGGGAUUAAAGGCAUUUAGCCGGCAGUAUAGAGAAUCAGUGAUUGCAUCCGGGCUAAAACCGUUGCUCAAUACUUUGAAACGUGAUUAUAUGGAUGAAGAUUCGGUAAAGGCUAUAUUAGAAACAAUUUUGAUUCUUUUCAUCAGAGGCGAUGGCCAUGACGACUUAACUAGAGGUUGGAUUUCUCAACAAUCGCGGUUGCAGAAUGGCAAGUAUCCCUCACCAUUGGUGAUGAAGCAAGAAAAGGAACAAGUAGAUCAGUUCUCGUUAUGGAUUGCUGAUGCUUUGACGCAGUCUGAAGAUUUAAUUCACCUACUUGUUGAAUUUUGGGAAAUCGAUAAUUUCCAUAUUAGAUUGUACACAAUUCAAUUACUAGAGGCAGUGAUGGCCACGAGGCCGUUGAAGGCGAGAAGUGCUUUGAUUUCACUUCCAACGAGCAUAUCCACAAUGGUCUCACUCCUAGAUGACAUGCAUGAGCCCAUCAGGGAUGAAGCUAUUUUAUUAUUAAUGGCAGUAGUGAACGAUUCACCUCACGUUCAAAAAUUGGUUGCUUUUGAAAACAUUUUUGAAAGGCUCUUUUCCAUCAUCGAAGAAGAAGGUGGGUUAAGAGGCUCUCUCGUCGUCAAUGAUUGUUUAUCGUUGAUCAAUAACAUCCUGAAGUAUAACACUUCUAAUCAAACUUUAUUCCUUGAGACAGGAAACUUGCCAAAACUGGCACACCUUUUGAGUGAACCAAUAUCUCAAGAUGAAGUUUUUUUUUGGAAUGAUCAAAGGAUAGUUAAUAUCAAUACAGCUUUAGAUAUCGUCAGCCUAACAGUAGAGCCAGGAAAUACUGUCACCACUAAGCAUCAAAAUGCGUUGCUUGACUCAAGCGUAUUAAUGGUUGUGUUGCGACUUGCAUUCUUUCAUAAUAUCCCAAAAAAAGUUAGACCGGUUGCUCUUUUGACUGCCGCAAACAUGGUUAGAAGUAAUGAACAUGCACAGCUAGAGUUUAGUAAGAUCGAUGUUCCAUAUUUCGAUCCUUCAUUACCUGUAAACUCUACUGCAAACGGUGGUCCAAUUAAAUUAAUUCCUGUAGUCAGCAUCUUGAUAAAUUGGAUGCUCUAUGCCAACUCCGUUCACACGUUUGAUACAAGAGUUGCGUGUUCUAGACUAUUAAAGGCUUAUUUCAUGGAUAAUUUUGAUCUUCAAAGAGAUUUUUUACUAAAACAAGUCCAAUUGUGUAAUAAUUCAACAAAUAAUGUCGGCGACAAUGCUAAAGAAAAUGGUGGUUCUAACAAAUCUGAUAAAGAAAGUGAUUCAGAUAAAGAUACCGACGGGAAGGAUGGCACUGAAUAUGAAGGUUCUUUCAAGGCAAAUCUAUUCGAAGUCCUGUUAAAUUAUGACGCAGAAUUGAAUCUGAACCCUUUUAAAUUAUUCUUCACAACUGAUAUUUUUAUGUUUUUUUUCCAACAGGAUCACAAAUAUAGCGAAGAACUACGUGAAAUAACAAGAAAUGUUACCACCGGUAACGAUCUCGAAGACGAAGAACCCUUAAAGGCAAUUCAAACAAUAAGUGAAUUGCUAACUACUUCCCUUACUGCUGCUGACAUAAGAAUUCCUAUUUCCUACUUAACGUUCCUAAUAUAUUGGCUCUUUGGCGACUUUAAGGCCACGAACGAUUUUCUUUCGGAUAAAUCCGUGAUUAAAUCCUUGCUUUCCUUCUCUUACCAAAUUCAAGAUGAAGACGUUACUAUCAAAUGCCUUGUAACAAUGUUACUAGGUGUGGCAUACGAGUUUUCCUCGAAAGAAUCUCCAUUCCCAAGAAAGGAAUACUUCGAAUUCAUCACUAAAACUUUGGGAAAAGACAAUUAUGCUUCUCGAAUCAAACAAUUUAAAAAAGAUUCAUAUUUCUCAAAAGUUGAUAUGAAUGAAGACAGUAUACUAACUCCGGAGCUUGAUGAAACUGGUUUACCAAAAGUUUAUUUCAGCACUUACUUCAUACAGUUAUUUAAUGAAAACAUAUACAGGAUCAGAACUGCAUUGUCUCACGACCCUGACGAAGAGCCAAUCAAUAAAAUAUCUUUCGAAGAAGUCGAAAAAUUACAGAGGCAAUGUACAAAAUUGAAGGGUGAGAUAACUUCUUUGCAAACAGAAACGGAAAGCACCCAUGAGAACCUCACCGAAAAAUUGAUUGCGUUGACUAAUGAACACAAAGAGUUGGAUGAGAAAUACCAAAUUUUGAAUUCCUCACAUUCUUCGUUGAAAGAAAACUUUUCCAUUUUGGAAACUGAAUUGAAGAACGUCAGAGAUUCCUUGGAUGAAAUGACGCAACUGAGAGAUGUACUGGAAACUAAGGACAAAGAAAAUCAAACUGCUUUACUGGAGUACAAAAGCACAAUCCACAAACAAGAAGACUCUAUCAAAACUUUAGAAAAAGGACUUGAAACUAUUUUGUCUCAAAAGAAAAAGGCAGAAGAUGGUAUAAACAAAAUGGGUAAAGAUUUAUUCGCUCUGAGUAGAGAGAUGCAAGCAGUUGAGGAGAAUUGUAAAAAUUUACAGAAGGAAAAAGAUAAAAGCAAUGUCAACCAUCAGAAAGAGACUAAAUCACUAAAAGAAGAUAUUGCGGCAAAAAUUACUGAAAUAAAAGCUAUCAAUGAAAAUCUGGAAGAAAUGAAAAUUCAAUGUAAUAAUUUAUCAAAAGAAAAGGAACAUAUUUCGAAGGAACUUGUUGAGUACAAAUCCCGCUUUCAGAGUCAUGACAAUCUAGUAGCGAAACUAACAGAAAAAUUGAAAUCCUUAGCAAAUAACUAUAAGGAUAUGCAAGCUGAAAAUGAGUCUCUAAUAAAAGCUGUAGAAGAGUCAAAAAACGAAAGCAGCAUACAAUUGUCUAAUUUGCAAAAUAAAAUUGAUUCUAUGUCACAGGAAAAAGAAAAUUUUCAAAUAGAAAGAGGCAGUAUAGAAAAAAAUAUCGAACAACUAAAAAAAACCAUCUCUGACUUAGAACAAACGAAGGAGGAAAUUAUCUCAAAAUCCGAUUCUUCAAAAGAUGAAUAUGAGUCCCAGAUUAGUCUCUUGAAAGAAAAAUUAGAAACGGCGACAACAGCAAACGAUGAAAACGUGAAUAAAAUCUCAGAAUUGACUAAAACUAGGGAAGAGCUGGAAGCCGAGUUAGCAGCUUAUAAAAAUCUCAAAAAUGAACUUGAAACAAAACUAGAAACUUCAGAGAAAGCUUUGAAAGAAGUUAAAGAAAACGAGGAGCAUUUAAAAGAAGAGAAAAUUCAACUCGAGAAGGAGGCCACUGAAACCAAACAGCAACUCAACAGCCUACGUGCCAAUUUAGAAUCAUUAGAAAAAGAGCAUGAAGAUUUAGCAGCUCAGUUGAAGAAGUACGAGGAGCAAAUUGCCAACAAGGAAAGGCAAUAUAACGAGGAAAUAUCUCAAUUAAAUGAUGAGAUUACUUCCACUCAACAAGAAAAUGAAUCAAUUAAGAAAAAAAAUGACGAACUGGAGGGCGAAGUUAAAGCAAUGAAGAGCACUUCAGAGGAACAAUCAAAUUUGAAAAAGUCAGAGAUUGAUGCCUUAAAUUUGCAAAUUAAAGAGCUGAAAAAGAAGAACGAAACGAACGAAGCCAGUUUAUUGGAGUCAAUCAAAAGUGUAGAAUCAGAAACGGUAAAAAUUAAAGAAUUACAAGACGAAUGUAACUUUAAAGAAAAGGAAGUUAGUGAAUUGGAAGACAAACUCAAGGCCUCAGAAGAUAAGAACUCUAAAUAUUUGGAGCUACAGAAGGAAUCGGAGAAGAUAAAAGAAGAACUAGAUGCUAAAACGACUGAACUAAAAAUUCAAUUGGAAAAGAUCACUAAUUUAUCUAAGGCCAAGGAGAAAUCAGAAUCUGAGUUGUCUAGAUUGAAGAAGACAUCUUCUGAGGAAAGAAAAAAUGCAGAGGAGCAAUUGGAAAAAUUGAAAAAUGAAAUACAAAUCAAAAAUCAGGCCUUCGAAAAGGAAAGAAAGCUACUUAAUGAAGGAUCUUCAACAAUUACACAAGAAUAUUCUGAAAAGAUCAAUACUUUGGAAGAUGAAUUAAUUAGGCUACAAAAUGAAAACGAAUUAAAAGCCAAAGAGAUCGAUAAUACGAGGAGUGAACUAGAGAAGGUUAGUUUAAGCAAUGAUGAGCUUUUAGAAGAGAAACAAAACACAAUAAAAAGCUUACAAGAUGAAAUUCUUUCAUAUAAAGACAAAAUAACUAGAAAUGACGAAAAGCUUCUAUCAAUAGAGCGAGAUAAUAAACGAGACCUGGAGAGCUUGAAAGAACAACUCCGGGCUGCACAAGAAUCCAAAGCUAAAGUUGAAGAAGGGCUGAAAAAACUUGAGGAAGAAUCUUCAAAAGAGAAAGCAGAGCUUGAAAAGUCUAAAGAAAUGAUGAAAAAGCUAGAGAGUACGAUUGAGAGCAAUGAAACGGAGUUGAAAUCCUCAAUGGAAACCAUAAGGAAAUCAGAUGAAAAAUUAGAACAGUCGAAAAAAAGUGCUGAGGAGGAUAUUAAAAACUUGCAACAUGAGAAGUCAGAUUUGAUAUCCCGAAUCAACGAAUCUGAAAAGGAUAUUGAAGAACUGAAAAGUAAACUGAGGAUCGAAGCAAAAUCUGGCUCUGAACUAGAAACCGUAAAACAAGAGCUAAAUAACGCACAAGAAAAAAUAAGGAUCAACGCAGAAGAAAAUACAGUUUUGAAAUCUAAAUUAGAAGAUAUAGAACGUGAACUCAAAGACAAGCAAGCCGAAAUAAAAAGUAAUCAAGAAGAAAAAGAAUUACUAACUUCGCGCCUCAAGGAAUUAGAACAGGAAUUAGAUAGCACCCAACAGAAGGCACAAAAAUCCGAGGAAGAACGUAGGGCCGAAGUCAGGAAGUUUCAAGUCGAAAAGUCUCAACUUGAUGAAAAAGCCAUGUUGCUUGAAACUAAAUACAACGAUUUGGUGAAUAAAGAGCAAGCAUGGAAAAGGGAUGAAGAUACUGUUAAAAAGACAACCGAUUCUCAGAGACAAGAAAUUGAAAAGUUGGCUAAAGAACUGGAUAACUUGAAGGCAGAGAACUCUAAGUUGAAGGAAGCUAACGAAGAUCGUUCGGAAAUUGAUGACUUGAUGCUCUUGGUUACUGACCUAGAUGAGAAAAACGCCAAAUAUCGCUCAAAGCUGAAGGAUUUGGGCGUUGAAAUUAGUUCGGAUGAAGAGGAUGAUGAAGAAGAUGAUGAAGAAGACGAGGAAGAAGGGCAAGUGGCAUGA